CUCAUCGGGCAGGCGGCAAAGGGGCGCGGCAUUCACCGCACAGGCUGCUGGGCUGCUCCGUAUCGGCCUUUCAAGAACCGCACCAGCCCGCCGGGGACUUUUUCUCCAGGACGAGUGUAAGGUGGGGGAAAUGGCUGAAAACGAGGACCACGAAAAUAUGUCUGAUUUGGAAAACAAGGUCUGCCAGCAAAUUGAGUACUAUUUUGGUGAUUACAACUUACCACGAGACAAAUUUCUGCAAGAGAAGAUAAAGCUAGAUGAAGGCUGGGUGCCUCUAGAAAUAAUAAUCAAAUUUAACAGGUUAAAUCGCCUGACAAAAGACUUUGAUGCAAUAGUGGGAGCAUUAAGAAAAUCAAAGGCAGGUCUUAUGGAAGUGAGUGAAGACAACACUAAAAUCCGAAGAUCGCCAACUAAGCCUGUACCGGAAAUCACUGAAAAAUAUAAAAGUGCAGUUAACAGCAGAUCUGUGUAUAUUAAAGGUUUUCCAUUGGAUGCAACUCUUGAUGAUAUCAAGGAAUGGCUAGAAAAUAAAGGCAAAGUAGAAAGCAUUCAGAUGAGGAAAACAUUUCAGAAAUCCUUUAAGGGUUCGAUAUUUGCAGUCUUUGAUACUGUUGAAUCUGCAAAGCAGUUUGUGGAGAUUCCAGGUCAGAAGUACAACGACACAGAACUAAUUGUGCUCUUCAGGGAUGAUUACUUUACAAAGAAGCAAGAGGAGAGAAAACGGAACAGGCUGGAGAAAAAAGCAAAGGCCAAACAGGAUAAGGAAGAACAAAAGAAGCAAGCUGAAGCUGCUGAAAUGAAAUCCCUGGAAGAAAUGCAGGGAUGCUUGCUGAAAUUCUCUGGAGACCUUGAAGAUCAGACAUCCCGAGAAGAUCUCCAUGAAGUUUUCUUUGGCCAUGGUGAAAUUAAAUGGAUAGACUUUGUCAGAGGUGCAAAAGAGGGAAUUAUCCUGUUCAAGAGCAGUGCCCAGAAAGCCCUAAGUCAAGCCCAAGAAGCCAAUAGCGGGGAUCUGCAGCUGCGGGACAGAGAUGUCGCUUGGGAGGUGCUUGAAGGAGAGGUGGCAAAAGAAGCCUUGGAGAAAAUCAUACAUGAACAGCAGAAAGUGUUAAACAAGAAAGAAAGAGGUUGUAAAGGAAAAGAUGGCAGAGGAGGCCGAGGUGCACAGAACAGAAAAGUAAAAUUCCUUGGCAAGAAGACAAAAUUUGAUGAUGAGGCGGGUGACGAUGAUGAGGCGGGUGAAAACAACGGGGCAGCAAGUGCCAAAAAAAGGCCGUUAGAAGAUGCAGAGAAAGAGGGAUCUACCCCAAAACAGAUGAAGACAGAAAACAAUGCUGGAAAUCAGAAGUAACAGUUUUUUUAAAAAAGCAUUGAAUCUUUAUUCUGCUUUUCAGACGUUUUAAGUCAUUCCUUCAUUUGUCUUCUUUUCACUAGAGAACCUAAUGAAAUCUACUUCGAUGUCCACCUGCAGAGGGGAAAGAGAAAAAAAAAGCUGCUUCAAUUUAGAUCCCCUCUCCCCUUCUGGAGGCAUAUUUUAUCAGGCGGUUUUUAUAUUUAUAGUGUUAUACAGUCAGAAACUGAAGGGGAAAGUUUAAGCAGCUGUGUAAAACUGUGUACAAAAGGUGUAUAACUUGCAUAUACCAAAUAAACUGCAGCAUUUCAAGUGUCA